AUGGUGCCCGCGGGGGCCGCCCGCCGGGGGCGCCCGCAUCGCCCUAGCCCGGCGGCGCGGGGGGCGGCGGCAGCCAGAGCCCCAUGGCGCGGGCCCGGGCGCGGCGGGCGGGGGCCGGGCGGGGGGGCGGCUCCUCCGCGGCCCCCUCCCGAGCCCUGGGUGCAGGCAGCGCAGCGCAGCGCAGCGGAGGUGGCCGGAGGAGCCGGGCGGGCGGGCGGCCGGUGGCGGCGGGCAGCGGCGGCGGGGACGGCGGGGGCGGCGGGGGGCCAGGCCCGGGCUGGCGGGCAGGCGGCUCAUGUGACCCAGACACGCGCUCCCCACCGGCCCGUGGGGCGGGGGCGGGGCGGCGGGGUGGGGGGGCGAGGCCGCCGGCGGGGCCCGCCUCCUCCACACACCCCCUCCCGCCUCCCUCCGCGGCAGGGGAAAGGGGACGCACCGCCCAGGAGGCCGGGCUCCCCGGUCGCCGCCGCCACUACCCGGAGGUCGGGGCGCUGCCCCUUGGCGAGGCCGGGGCCGGGGGCGUCGGGCCUUAAGGAAGGAGCCGGACACGAGCUCUGCGAAUCACUUUAUUGCGCGCGUUUCGGGGAGCGGACCGUCCAGGGAAGGAAGCAAGGCGGGAACGCACUGCAGGCCCCAUCCAGGACCCAUGCUGAUGACAUCCACCCACCAGGGCUCCAGUCAUACCCAGAGGCCCUGCCUGGUCAGUGACCCUCACUCAGGCCUGCCCACUCCUCAGAAGGCCAGAGAGCAUGGACUCCUGCUUCCUCCUGUGUUCAAGCCCUCCCCACCUGCCAGCCCCCUGCAUUCACCGUAUGCCCCGGUCCAGGUUUCUCAAGAGCAGGCAGGCAGGUCAAGAAAACCAAGCCCAGCCCAUCAGACAGGACCCCUGGCUCCUGCCCACAGCCUUUCCCCUACCAUUGAGCACCUGCCACUCCCUAUGAGGGCUGAAAAAAUGUGGCACCCGCCAGAGAUGCUGGUCUACUCCUGGGAAUUUGAAGCACACCCCCACUGGCUCAGAGUUCCUGCUCCCCCUCCCCACCUCAGGGGUACUGGUACCUCUUUGGACUUGGAGAAGAAAGCUCGUUUAACUUCCUCAGUGCUGGCACCAGGAUGCACCCCCAACAGUUCAUAAUAAGUACUGAGUCUGGACCUGUGGACAGAGUCCCAAACCCGCAGGGGCUGAAGGAACCCAGAAGCUAGCUCUGCCCUGCCUUCUGGACCACACCCUUCAACUCAGCCACCAGGAGCUAAGAGGGCUGAAACAGGUCCCAGGACAGAUCUGUCUCCAGAUCAGCACCCCCUUUGGAGUGUUUCAGGCAUAGUGCAGGUCAGGAUUUCUCAAACUGGAGUCCAAAAACUUGUUGGAAAAAACUGAUUCCUGGCCAGGCGCGGUGGCUCACGCCUGUAAUCCAGCAUUUUGGGAGGCCGAGGAGGGCGGAUCACCUGAGGUCGGGAGUUCAAGACCAGCCUGACUAACAUGGAGAAACCCUGUCUCUCCUAAAAAUACAAAAUUAGCCGGGUGUGGUGGUGCAUGCCCGUAAUCCCAGCUACUCGGGAGGCUGAGGCAGGAGAAUCGCUUGAACCCGGGAGGCGGAGGUUGUGGUGAGCCGAGAUUGCUCCAUUGCACUCCAGCCUGGGCAACAAGAGCGAAACUCCCAUCUCAAAAAAAAAAAAAAAAAAGGAAAAAGAGAAAGAAACUGAUUCCUGACCCCCACCCAAUUGAUUCCUCCAGUUCAGAAUCUCCAGAGCAGAGCCCAGGAAUCUGGAUUUUGUACCCGACACCUCCCCAUCUCCCACCCCCCACAGAGGGUUAUGCACAGUGAUACAGUGAUGCUUGGAAACCACUAGAGCUGUGGUAAGAGCGUUGGGUUUGACCUGGACUCAAACUUCCUCCUCUGCCGCUUAAAUCGGUGUAUGACCUUGGGGGUCUUCUCUAUGUCUGAUCCUCAGCAGGGAAGGCGAGGGUUACCUGAGACAAACCUGGGAGUCUCCUCACACGGAGUAGAGACCACAACUAACUCAGCACGUAGGGCAAACAGAAACCCACUGAACAACCGGGCCGGCCCCCCGCGCCCAACUCACCGCUGCCCGGCGGCCGCUCCGAGGAGCCGGGAGGGAGGGUUGCGGGGCCACAGCCGGCACAGGCGCAGGGGCAGUAAGGGCGGCAUGGCGGUGGGCGGGCAGCUGGGAAAGGAGGCUACCAAGAGCGCAUUGGACCAGGAUGGGGCUAGACUUCAAGCACCCGGGGGCAGAGGGAAGGGGCCUGGCCCGUUGUUCUGCGAAGGAAGACUGAAGCAGGCCCGGGGAGGGGGCGGUUCUUGCCCAGGACCAGACCCGCGUGUCCUUGGACUUGCCCCUUCCUCUGACCCGGGCAUCCGCAGCCCUUCCCCGCGCUGGCUUCGGGGUCUGGCCACCCAGCCAGGGACCGCAAGACCCCGUUCCCACCCAGGGAGCUUGGGGACGGCAGAAGGAGGAGCCACAACCAGGCCCCGCCCCCGCUGCUCACAGACCCGCGGCCGUCGUCAUUUCCUGCGUCUAUUCAGGCCCCGCCCUCGCAUUCUCAUUGGCGUGGAUGCCAAGACCACGUCCACCUGUCAGGAAAAAAAAAUCGGUGGAGACCCCGCCCCUACAUGUCUAUUGGCCUUUGGUGCCUCCGGUCCCCCUGCCUGCGGACUCGCUGGACAGGCGCGGGCGCCCACUUGGGGAGCGGGCGGGACAGAGCCCGCUCUCUGAGGCUUUGUGACGUUUUCGGCCCGGCCACCGUGUCUCCGUUCCGCUGUUGCUCCCCUCUGCAGCGAGGUAUAUCUUACGGAGCUGCUUCCGCCCCGGAGCCUCUCUGGAGCCAGCAAAGGGAGGCACAGUUCUUAUCCCCUGCUUGCAGAGGGGGACGCUGAGGCUGGUCGGGUUUUUUUUUUUUUUU